GUGAAGAACAAAUUGCUGGAACUGCUGCAGUGCUGGGCAAUGGCAUUCAAGAAUAAGCCGGAGUAUAAAAUAGUGGUAGAUACGCACAACUUGAUGAAAUUGGCUGGAUUCGACUUUCCUCGUGUCGCUGAAGCAGACGCUAUGUUCAUCGCAGAAAGCGCCCCGGAGUGUCGAACGGCUUUCGGGCUUAUUACACGCAAACACCAUUGUCGUGCAUGCGGGCAGAUAUUUUGUGAUAAAUGCAGUAGCAAGCAAAGCUUUUUGCCUCAGUAUGGCAUCGAAAAGCCGGUACGGGUUUGUGAUGGGUGCUAUGAUAAGACACCAGCAAAGAAGUCCGGUGCAGGCAGCUCUUCGAAUUCCACUCAGCCAACCAAAACAACUGAUAAGCCGCUACCUGUAGAUGCGAAGAAAACAGCUGAGCAACGGGCCCGCGAACUGAAGCAAGCGGAAGAAGACGAAAUUAAUCUGGCCAUUGCUCUCAGUCAAUCUGAAGCGGAGGCUCAGCCGCAAAUGUGCCGAAGCACAUACUAG